AUGUCAGGCCUGCUCUCAGUCUUCUUCCACCUCCUCCUUCUCUUCAAGUUGGUUGCCCCAGUGACCUUUCGCCACCACCGCUAUGAUGACCUUGUGCGGACGCUGUACAAGGUGCACAACGAAUGCCCCUACAUCACGCGGGUUUACAGCAUCGGGCGCAGUGUGAAGGGGAGACACCUCUACGUGCUGGAAUUCAGCGACUACCCUGGAAUCCACGAGCCCUUGGAACCGGAAGUCAAGUACGUGGGGAACAUGCACGGCAACGAGGUGCUGGGCCGCGAGUUGCUGCUGCAGCUGGCGGAGUUCCUGUGCGAGGAGUUCCGGAACGGGAACCAGCGCAUCGUGCGGCUGGUGGAGGGCACGCGCGUGCACAUCAUGCCGUCCAUGAACCCAGACGGCUACGAGGUGGCUGCCGCCCAGGGCGCAGACAUUUCUGGAUACCUGGUUGGCAGGAACAACGCAAAUGGAGUGGACCUGAACCGAAACUUCCCCGACCUCAACACCUAUGUCUACUAUAAUGAGAAACACGGAGGCCCUAACCACCACCUGCCCCUCCCAGACAACUGGAAGAGUCAGGUGGAGCCCGAGACUGAGGCUGUGAUCCACUGGAUCCGCUCCUUCAACUUUGUUCUUUCAGCCAAUCUCCACGGAGGAGCAGUGGUGGCCAAUUAUCCAUAUGACAAGUCCCUGGAGCAUCGGGUCCGAGGGGUACGCCGCACUGCCAAUACCCCCACACCCGAUGACAAGCUUUUCCAGAAGCUGGCCAAGGUGUACUCUUACGCACAUGGAUGGAUGCACCAGGGAUGGAACUGUGGGGAUUACUUCCCAGACGGCAUCACCAAUGGGGCCUCCUGGUAUUCUCUCAGCAAGGGAAUGCAAGACUUUAACUAUCUCCACACCAACUGUUUUGAGAUCACACUGGAACUGAGUUGUGACAAGUUUCCCCGCCAAGAGGAAUUACAGCGUGAGUGGCUGGGUAAUCGGGAAGCCCUAAUCCAAUUCUUGGAACAGGUACACCAGGGCAUCAAGGGAAUGGUGCUUGAUGAGAAUUAUAAUAACCUUGCGGAGGCUGUCAUUUCUGUUAGUGGGAUUAACCAUGAUGUCACUUCGGGUGACCAUGGCGAUUACUUCCGGCUACUGCUUCCAGGUACCUACACUGUCACUGCCACAGCACCGGGGUUCGACCCAGAGACAGUGACCGUGACCGUGGGUCCUGGAGAACCAAAACUGAGAUCCAUCUGGCCAAGGGAAGAAAAAAGAAAAAAGGAUUAUUUACUGGAGGGUUUUCAUGUUACAGUGAAGCCUCUUUCACACCAUCUCCCAGAGUCCCGUGUCCUCUUUGCUUUUCCCCACAGCCUGCCAGAGGUUAACUUCCAUCUCAAGAGAAGCAUCCCUCAAGCAACCCCUACGAGGAGAGUUCCCAACCCAGGGCACGGACGCAGAGUCUUACCAAAGAAAGUGCAGCCCCGGGUCAGCUAGGGAAGAAGAUGAGGAGACGAAGCGGCCCCAGAGAGUCCCUGCCUGAAAUGCACAGCGCUGGGGUGACACGUUAGAAAGGCUUGUUCCUGCUCUCCCAUCAGAUGAAGCAUGCUUUCUAUUUUAUUAUCUGGGACAUAUUUAAAUAUAAACGUAUUCACGACAA